CAGUUCCGCAAAUCCUUCAGUCUGUUUUGACGUUUCUGUGGAAGAGAGCUCCUUAAAAUUUACUAAACAAGUCCACAAGAGCCAGGUGACUACCGACGUGCCGACGGGUAAAAACAAAGAGACAAAAUGGCAUCUGACUCUCCACGCAGACCGAGCCGCUGUGCUGGAGGGGUUGUGGUGCGAGCACAAGCUGCCACGGAGCAGUCCUACAUGGAAAGUGUGGUGACUUUCUUGCAGGAUGUGGUCCCCCAGGCAUACACCGGGGCUCCUCCAACUGACGAGAAAGAGAAAAUAAUUUGGGUCCGAUUUGAGAAAGCUGACAUCAAUGACACUGCUCGCAACCCAGAGUUCAUGGAGAUGCACAGUGGUACUACUGACCCUCCCCUCUGCCUCAUGAUUGGCUACGCUGACGGGAUGCAGAUCUGGAGCAUAUCUUUGGCAGGAGAGGCUCAAGAGCUGUUUUCUGUGCGCCAUGGUCCGGUACGAGCAGCCCGCAUCCUGCCAGCCCCUCAUAUCAGUCCACUGAAGAUGGACAGCUUUGCUGACAAGAGGCCCCUCUUGGGGGUAUGCAAGAGCACAGGGUCCUCUGGGACAAGCCCCCCAUACUGCUGUGCGGACCUGUAUUCUCUGCGAACAGGAGAAAUGGUCAAAUCAAUUCAGUUCAAGACGCCUAUUUAUGACCUACACUGCAACAAACAGAUUUUAGUUGUCAGCCUACAAGAGAAGAUUGCAGCGUUUGACAGCUGCACCUUCACCAAGAAGUUCUUUGUUACAAGCUGCUAUCCCUGCCCCGGUCCCAGCCUCAAUCCAAUAGCCCUGGGAAGCCGCUGGCUAGCCUAUGCUGAGAAUAAGCUGAUCCGGUGUCACCAGUCUCGCGGAGGGGCUUGUGGUGACAAUGCCCAGUCCUACACAGCUACAGUGAUCAACGCUGCCAAAACUUUAAAGACGGGGCUGACCAUGGUGGGUAAGGUUGUCACACAGUUGGCAGGCACCCUGCCAGCGGGAACCCCGGACGAGGAGGGCACGCCACACAGCGCGAGUCGCCGCAGCCCACACAACCCCGGUGUGGUCACCAUCAUUGACACACACAAUGUUGGUGAAGGACAGGUCUUGGUGAGUGAGGACUCGGACGGAGAGGGAGUGGUGGCUCACUUCCCAGCUCAUGACAAACCCAUAUCCUGCAUGCAAUUCAACCCCAGUGGAAUGCUGCUGGUGACUGCGGACACGUUGGGCCACGAUUUUCACGUGUUCCAGAUCCUCACUCAUCCAUGGGCGUCCUCACAGAGUGCCGUUCACCAUCUCUACACACUGCACCGUGGGGAGACCGAGGCCAAGGUCCAGGACAUGUGCUUCAGCCAGGACAGCCGCUGGGUGGCCAUCAGCACCCUUCGCGGCACCUCCCACGUCUUUCCGAUCAACCCCUAUGGCGGCGCUCCCUGCGCCCGCACCCACAUGUCCCCGCGAGUGGUCAACCGGAUGUCCCGCUUCCAGAAGAGCGCGGGCCUGGAGGAGAUCGAGCAGGAGCUCAACAGGGCCAGCGCUUUAGGAGGAGGAGCAGGGGUUGCAGGAGGCGCCUGUGUCCUCGUCGGUGGAGGAGGCAUUGGGGGGCGCUGCAGCCCCAUCCCGGGGCUCUCCAGCAGCCCCUCGGGGUCCCCCCUGCAUGCCAAGCUGAGCAGCCAGGAUUCCUACAACAACUUCACAAACAACAACAUGGGUAACCCUCGGCUGUCCCCGCUGCCCAGCCUCACCGUGGUCCUGCCUCUGGCGCAGAUCAAACAGCCCAUGACCCUGGGCACCAUCACCAAACGAACCGGACCCUACCUCUUUGGGGCGGGAUGUUUUGCCAUUAAAACUCCAUGCAAAGCUAAGCCACCCCCUCAGAUCUCACCCAGCAAGUCCAGUGGAGGAGAGUUCUGCGUGGCCGCUGUCUUUGCCUCCUCUCGCUCCUGGUUCAUCACCAACCCCAACAUGAAAAGAGAGAAAGACCAGUCCAGGCAGUCGGUUGUGGACUCACUGUACAUCCUCAGUUGCUAUGGUAACUUGGUGGAGCAUGUCCUGGAGCCCCGGCCAAUCAGCACGGCUCAGAAGAUAAGCGACGAUACACCUUUGGAGCUCAGCACCUGUCCGAGGGCCUGCUGGACUCUAGCCAGGACACCACAGUGGAAUGAACUACAGCCACCCUUCAACUCCAACCAUCCCUUGGUGCUGGCCUCGGACCUGGUGCAGUACUACCAGUAUCUCCUAGCUGCGAUGCCCCCAGGAAGCCCGGGUCCCAUCACACGUCACGAGUCGUCAGACAGCCUUGCGUCAGACCACAGCGGCCAGGAAGAUGAGGAGUGGCUAUCCCAGGUGGAGAUUGUGACCCACACAGGGCCCCACCGGCGGCUGUGGAUGGGACCCCAGUUUCAGUUUAAGACCAUUCACCCCUCAGGCCAGACCACAGUCAUCUCCUCCUCCUCCUCAGUGCUUCAAUCCCAGGGCCCCACCGAUGUCCAGCAGCCCCUCCUGGACUUUGACACCGACGACCUAGACCUGCACAGCCUCAGGAUCCAGCCGGUGCGUUCAGAGCCAGUUAGCAUGCCUGGCUCAUCAAGACUGGUGGCUGAUCGCCGAGGACAGUCCAACAUCAUAGACACUGGAUCAGGGCCGUUUGACGGGCGUGGCGUGACACUGCUGGAAGUGUGCGGCAGCUGGCCGGAGAGUUUCGGUGUGCCGCGGCACAACAUGGGCUCAGCGGACGCCGGCGACGAGGGCCUUCGAGAGAGACUGGCCGACGCCAUGUCCGAGUCUCCCUCAAGGGACAUCGUGGGAUCUGCCACAGAGCUGCAGAGGGAGGGCAGCAUCGAGACCCUCAGCAACAGCUCCGGCUCCACCAGCGGCAGCAUCCCCCGUAACUUCGAGGGCUACCGAUCCCCCCUGCCCACCAACGAGAGCCAGCCGCUCAGCCUCUUCCCGUCUGCCUUCCCCUAGACAGCCAGCCACCUCCAACCCCCGACCCCCAAACUCCCCCCCGCCCCUCCACCAGGAAGAACCACCACGGCCGUCCAGCCCACCUACCAACCUACCAUCCAUCCAGAAAGAGCAUGUAAACUCCCAGUGUCACACUGGCACACGGCCGUGUUGAGCAGGAGCCAGCACCGUGUCUGCCGCUGGUAUUUCUCAGUACGGCGUGUUGCUGCUGUUCCUGUCUAGCUGAGCAAUGGCCAGAGGUCAUUACAGCUACACAUUAGCAUUUAGUUACCAGGGUUUGAUCGAUAUAGGUUUUAAAAGCUGCUACUGAUAUUUUUUAAUUGAAGCUGACGAUAUUUUAUGUCCAGUAUCUUAAAAAAUAGUUUUCCCCUCAGAGUUUCUUUCUUGUCAGGGCAGGAAAGCCACUGAAACAGCAUUUACACCUUGACAGGACAUUAAAACAACCCUGACCCCUGUCAAGGCUACAUAGAAACUACCGAAAACUCUGCAACACAUUAAGCAUUCAUGAAAAAGAAAAUAUUUCCACAAGAUUAUUGAACAGCUAAAUAAAUAACCAGAUGCAGUACAGAUGCAGCUCCAUCUUAUCAAUAGGGCGUAACACUUUUGAAACCCAUGAUUAUAAUAAAAGUAAUACUAAUACAAAUCAACAAGGCUCAUUAGAAUCAGCUCAGGUUAACAGACCGUACCAGUCAUUUUGCAUGUUGACAUAAUAUCGACAAAAUGUAUAAACAUGUUGCUGCUACUCUUUUUCCAAAGCAAGCAGAUGUUUUUUGUUUUUGUUUUUUUUUUUUUGUUUUUUUUUGUUUUAAUUCCGAUAUCACUUUGCUUAUGAAAAUGAACUUUGAGAGACUUUGGUCUUUCUUCACACCAGUACUCCAUCACUGUGAUAAAGUCGUCCAAAUUAGUUUUCCAAAAAGCAGCAACACCGUUGGGUUUUGAUGAUUUAAAAUUGCAGGCAGAGUGAAACGCUGCCUCCUCCGCCAGGGAAAAAAUAGACCCUGCAGCAACAUUUGCUUCCCACAGCCAUUUAUCAGUUCUGUGGUUUAUGAAUGGUGACGACUUUGUCAGCCACAGAAGCAAAACAUUACAAGGUGAAAAUGGGGGGUUUGAUUAUAUGUUGUGAAAUCUUAAAUGCGCCGGCAUAAAUGUUUUGUUGUGGGGAAAAUGUACAUUCAAGAUCACUGGUACGGUUCCAAAUGACAGAACUCAUCACGUCUGUCGUGUCAGAAGUGAGUGGAUCCCAUCAGGUUUUUAAUAAAAGCCCGGUAUCGGCCUCGUAUGUCGGUCUAACCCUGGUUAUCAUCAUCCUGUUUCCCAAAGCAGCAGUUGUGUUGGGAAUCACCUGCUGGCAGCCAGUUGAUAAAGGCAUUGUGGGAAACCCGCCACCAUCCUGUCUCCUCCCCGCUCUGAUGCUGGCAGCCCCCCACCCCCCUCCACCUCGCCAUCACGACAUGUCCGUCUGUGUCUGACUGACGUUUUACGGUGUGCCUACUGUCCGGAUGAGCCAUACAAAAGGGAGACCAGGCUGUGAAGGAGCGUUUAUUCCAGUCAGCGACGUGUAGCACCUCCCUACCCCCCCCCCCCCCCCCCCACACACACACACACACACACACACACAUACACACCCACCUUGUGUGUUUGUAUGAUCCCAUUUCAAUGUGCUCUCAUCACCUCUUCAACUAUUUUUGAUUCUCCUCCUUUUAUGCCUUUAACUUCAGUUUUUUGUUUUUUGUUUUUUUACAAGUGACAAAAAAAGAGAUGGCAUAGAUGAGUUCCUGUUUUGCUGAAGUUAUUUAGAAGUUUCCAGUGUAAUUGAGAUGAAAUUGUUUAGAUAUAUAUUCCCUACUCAGCCUUUCCACAUAGUAAAUUUUAAUUGACCUGAGUGAUAAUAGUGGCUUGGUGGCGACCUCGUGCAGCCAUCAUGCUGUAUUGUUUAUAUUACGACCAAAAUUCUCUUUCCAUGUAUAGUUGUAGAUCUCUCUAAAACUUAAAAAAAAAACUAUAUAUUCUUUAAAUGUAUGUAUACUAAUAUUUCCCAUAGGAAAUUCUCUCUCUCUCUCUUGCUUAGACGUUUGCCAUCUGAUUAUCAGAAAGCUGCAGGUUUGUGCUUUGAGGUUAAAGGUCAUCCCUCUAAUAAACAAAAUUUGCGAAUUUGCUUUUCCAAACCGAAGCAGAAUGUCUGGCUUUGUGAAAAAAAAUCAAAUGCACUAUUCACCAAAAAGGAGGAAAAAAAACAAAAAGAAAAACGGGUUCUUAAUGUUUCCUCGCUGAAGAUUCAGUGUUAAUCGAAGCGAGAUUUAUUAAAAAAUAUAUAUAUACUAUCUAAAUCCAAUGUUUUCUGUUUGAGUGUCGGACUUGCUGCAUGUCUGGCUGAGCUUGGCCUGCCGCUGCUUGGUCACUGGACGAUGGGACUGAAAAGGGCAUGAAUUUAUUCCCCCUAAUUCAGAACACAUGCUUGUUAUUGACUGUAAUAUUUGUUUUGUAAAAUACAGAGUUGUUCUUUGCCCUGCAUUCAUGCAACUGAAAUAUAAUAAAACUUGAGGAAAUAAAACUGUCCAACUCUC